UAUUUUCCUAUAUAAUCAGUCACGUGCUGUAGCAGUUAAGCAGAAACCGAAAGAAAGAAAGAACAGAGAAAGAAGAAGAAGAAAAUGGAGAAGUUUCAGAUCUGGAGAAGUAUAGCUUUGGCCGCGUUCGCGUUUGUUCUUCUCUCCCAAUCGGUGUCCGCAGACGACGUCGUUGUGCUCUCUGAAGAUAAUUUCGAGAAGGAAGUUGGUCAAGAUAAAGGAGCUCUCGUUGAGUUCUACGCCCCUUGGUGUGGACACUGCAAAAAGCUAGCUCCAGAAUAUGAAAAGCUCGGUAACAGUUUUAAGAAAGCUAAAUCUGUUUUGAUUGGCAAGGUGGACUGUGAUGACCAUAAGAGUGUGUGCACCAAAUAUGGAGUCUCUGGGUACCCAACGAUUCAGUGGUUUCCAAAAGGAUCUCUGGAACCCAAAAAGUUUGAAGGGCCACGCACUGCCGAAUCACUUGCCGAGUUUAUAAAUACAGAAGCAGGAACUAAUGUAAAGAUUGCUGCAGCUCCGUCUAGUGUAAUGGUGCUAACACCUGAAACCUUCAACGAAGUUGUCUUGGAUGAAACCAAAGAUGUCUUGGUUGAGUUUUAUGCACCAUGGUGUGGACAUUGCAAAAGUCUUGCUCCUAUUUAUGAAAAAGUUGCCUUAGCUUUUAAAACAGAAGAUGAGGUAGUGAUUGCAAAUUUGGAUGCCGACAAAUAUAGGGACCUGGCUGAAAAGUAUGAAGUGAGUGGAUUUCCUACCUUGAAGUUCUUCCCAAAGGGAAACAAAGCCGGUGAAGAUUAUGGAGGUGGAAGAGACUUGGAUGACUUUGUGGCUUUUAUCAAUGAAAAAUCUGGAACACGUCGAGAUUCAAAAGGACAGCUUACUUCUGAGGCUGGUAUAGUAGAGAACUUAGACGUGUUGGUAAAGGAGUUUGUAGCUGCUAAUGAUGAAGAGAAGAAAGCCGUAUUUGCCAAAAUAGAAGAGGAAGUUGGGAAGCUUCAGGGUUCUUCUUCUAGAUACGGGAAGAUUUACUUGAAAACUGCCAAGAGUUACCUGGAGAAAGGUUCUGACUAUGCUAAGAAAGAAAUCCAGCGCCUAGAGCGCAUUCUUGAAAAGUCUAUCAGCCCUGCUAAGGCUGAUGAGUUCACUCUAAAGAAAAACAUCUUGUCGACAUAUGAUGCUUGAAUUAAAGGUGCAAUUUCUACCAUCUAUCCUUUAAGCUAGCCUGCCACAGCAACUCCUCCUGAUGAUUGUUUGACAUUGACGUCUACAUUGCUGGGAGAUUUUCAACAUGGAGACUUGUAGUACUUAAUCUGAGUUUGUUUUAACGAUCCUAUUAUAUAUUAGAACAAUUAUGGGGUGAUGAAGAUUAUUCUGUUCCCCAUUGUAUGUAGUUUACCUGAGAUCGAUUUUGAGGAGGACGAGAACUUUUACAA